AUGGAAACUCUAAUAUCUUCGAGAGGAUUUGUGCAGUUUUGCAUUUCUCUCAAAGGGCAUCGAGAAUCUACAGUGGCUAAAUGCCAUGAUGGAGGCUCGUGUGCCGCUAAGAGAGAUUCAGACCACUCUAUCCUUAAUCUUUAUAAUCUUCAAUUUUGUGUCGAAUGCCGUCUGUGGAUGGCCUCCAUGUUGGCAGCAGAUGCCGAAAAUGAAGAUAACAUUUCAGAGCAAAGAAGACAGCAUGGCAAGAGGGUGAGGUACGGAGAGAUCAUCCAAUUGAAGCACGUCUUCUCAAACAAGUACAUCCAUGUGAGCACAACUCAAACAAGUAGAAGAGACAAGAACAAUAUGCUGAUUUAUCUUCAAAACUUCAAUGCUAAACAUGCUCAGUUCCGACUCUUACCACGCUACAAAGUCAAAUCUGAAGGGGAGUUUGUGCAAGUGCUUGACCAAAUCAUUCUUGAAAGUUUCAAAUCCCUUGGCCAAUUCUUUCAUGCCAGCACAGCUUGGAAAAUCGACCAUUUCAACACAGGAUCCGAAUUGAAUCUUGGCAUUCAACCAGCGGGUUUCACGGUAGUCAAAAGUAGCAGACCUAGCAAAGAUAUAAAAGAUUUUGUUACGGGAGGCAGUGUAAUAAGACUGUUCCACAAAGAGUUGGAAGCAUAUUUGGUGGCAGAAGGUCUCUACGACGAUGAAGUCACGGAAGAUGUGCACUUGCGUAUUCGUGAGGUGGACCAGCUCGUCCCGAAGUCCCUCUACCCGUCGACGUCUGGCAACACGUACUGGCAGAUUGAAGGGGAGACCAGUGUUCUCAACGGUGACGUUAUCCGGUGGGAGCAGCAGAUUCGCCUGCGUCACAUGACAACUAGGCAGUACCUAUGCAUCACAUCGGCCAGGAAGGUUUCUCUCAUUGAUGAUUGGAAAGAUCCGAGAACUGUUUUUAGGUUGCAUCCUGUCAUCAAAGAAUCAGAUGAAAUUUCUUUUGAAAGUUAUUCGAGGAUUGAACACGUCAUCACUGGCUAUUGGUUGCAUGCUCUCAGAGACGAGGAAUACAUCAGAAGGCAGCAUAGAGAGAAAUCAGAUGAAAGCAAGAAUUCGAUGAAGAAUCUUCGCUGGGAUGGUGCCAGUCUGAGGAAGCGCGACUUCACCUUUCAGAUAUCAGCAAGUGGGGAGAAGAUGUACCACGAUGCUUACACGCUGCAGAAGGUGGAAGACCAACACGUGAGAUCGUUCAACUUUGUCAGUGGGAUGGCUCCAUUCCUCCUCAACCUCAUCAAGGAUGCAUUACAAGAACUGAAAUCUUUCAUGUUGAUAAAUAAUGUUGCUUCAAAAAAACAUCAAAAACUCAUGAGAAAUCUCAGAAUUAUAGAUCUCUUGGUUAAAAUUUUAAAAAGUCCUCUCCUAGGAGCCAUCGAUCAGAGUCAUUUGACCAAAGUUUUCAAAGCAGCUUACGACGUUUUGUACGUUUACAUGAUUGGAGACAGCAGAAAAAACUCGCUAUACUUUGCUAAAUACAUCGAUUUCUUUCAGACUCAAAUUACUGUCAAAAUUGGUGACAUCGGAUUGAAUGUGGCACAAAUGAUAGUUGAACUCAUCAGAGACAAUAGGAAAAUUGUCGAUCGGAUCUCUCAUGAACAAAUUGAAAUGUUUGUUAGUUUGCUGAAAAUUAAUAAGGCAAGUUUUUUUGUUUCAAAAUUUUCGAAACAUAUGCGAAUAUUUUUUUGUUACGUUAAGACAUGUCCUUUGUUCAUUUGCGUCAGAUAUUUAGACCUUCUAAAUGUACUGUGCGUAUGCGAUGGAGUGGCGAUAUCGGACAAUCAGGUGUACAUCACCGAGCACUGGCUAAGGAGGGAUGGGUGCUAUGAUUUUCCAGGAUUGCGUAUUUAG